AUGCACGCCCCUCCACUAUCACCCAACAUUGUCGUCAACCAGACCUCGCCAUCCGCGAUGGAGGCCGAUGCUGAUGACUUUUCACGCCGUCUCAAGAUUACCGCUGCCUCUUCUCCCCGCAAGCUCUACAACCCCAAUGCCGUCAGCCCGCGGCGAGUCAUUCUCACCGCUGAGCCUGAAGGCAUGUCGGACGCUGCGUCGAGCUCGUAUGCUCCGCGGGGCCCCGCGCCACAUGGGCCGCGCCAGGCUGCUCCCCAGUCCAGAGCGGCACCCGAUUCACAUAGACAACUCUUCGAUCAUCGUAAGGACGACCCCGUUCGUUUCCUCGCACGACCACAAGCAUCACCCAACGUCGCCGCCAAUCGCCCACAUGCAGACCGUCCCACGCCGACGCCCAAGUCCUCUGGAGACGUCUCUGCUUCAUCUACCUCCUCCGCUUCCUAUGCACACUCCACCCUCUCUUCGAACUUCACUCUUCAUCAGCAACCACCGACUCCUCUGCCCCCUCGGGCUGAUAGCUCGUCGAGCACAAAUGCGUUCUCGAUGCAGCUCAAGAAACUCUACCGGGCCAUUACUGCACUCGAGCAGAAAAUCCUCGGUGAGCAGCGCGAUAAGGACGCGGAUGACGAGGGCGAUCGGAAUCCGCAAACGGUCGGUAUUCUUGUGAGAGGAGGCGAAGACGAAACGGAGAAGUGGAAACGUCUCUUGGUCGAUCAUAAGGAGCUCGCGGAGAAAGUGCAAAACCUUCUUACGCUCACGCUAGCACCCACUGUCCCGGCGUCGUUGCGCAACAUCCCUACCAAGUACAACCUCAUCGCACGGCUAUGGGCGCACGCCUUCCAUCGCCUUCUCGAGUCCUUCCGGCAAGCCGCCUCGCCACCAAAUAACUCCCUCGCUGCUCUGGAAUAUCUGCAGGACUUCAUAUACUACGCAUACACUUUCUAUUGUGCUCUUCUCGAGGAGCACAAUCUGUCCGACUUCCGAAGUGGAUGGGUCGAGGCCCUCGGCGACCUCUCGCGCUACCAGAUGGCGUACUGCGCGCUCGUCGAGAAGCAGCAGACCGCCGCCUCAGCCACACUCUCCUCCGCUCCUGGGCCCUCGCCGAUGGCUCUCCUCACCAACCCUACGGGCGCCGACUCCCAGAUCAACACGCCACGCCCGUCGUCGCCAGACGGCGGAGGGAACUCCGAUCGUGCAGAGUUACGCGCACCGGCGGCGCCCGAGGCGCAUGCGCGCAUCGACGACUCGCCGCCUCCGUCGCCCGGACCUGCGGCGAGGCAGCUCCUCGAUGUCCCCAGCGUCGGACUUGCCGCCGCGCGUGCGAUGGAGCUCGUGCCGGAAAAGGAGCACUGGAGGCAGGUCGCGCGUGACUGGUAUGCGAAGGGCCUGGCGGGGACGCCUGGUGCUGGGAAGCUUCACCACCACAUCGGGCUGCUCUGCAGGGAGAGGGACGGGAGCAGCGAAGAAUUGCGAGGAAUGUAUCAUUUCGUCAAGAGCAUGAUCACUGUGCACCCGUACAGCACCUCCCGCGAGGCGAUCCUCCAGGUCUGGUCACCAGCCGCCCAGACGCGCCGUCAAGGACCCGACGCCGAUGUCGCCGACCUGUACACCCUCCUCCACGGGAUGCUCUUCACCCACAUCCAGAUGGACGACUUCCGUGGUGUACUAGACCGCUUCGACGAGAAGCUAAAUAUCGAAGGCGGUGCAGUUGUCGAAGAGCGCGACUGGAUUAUGAUGGCCGUCGUCAACCUUGGCGCCGUCCUCGAGUACGGGCGGCCCACUGCUGUCCUGCGGCGCGUCGCUGGCAUCGGAGGUAGAGACGGCGUCGGCGCUCGCGCUGGCGCCAGCCCCGCCAUGGCUGCGUCGUCCGCGGGCAGAGUCAAGCUCAUGGCGAAGAGGGUCGAGGAAGACGACAAGAAGAUGGACGUCGAUGACGAGGACGCCCCGCCGCGCAAGACCGAUCGGAAGCUCGACGCCAUGAGUAUGUCGCCUGCGCUGUCCGAGGCUGCAUCCAGCGGCCCGGAGAUCCCGCCGUCCCUCAAACUUGGCAUGCAGUUCGCCUUCUCGAUGCUCGCGCACGCACUCAGGAAGCCGAUGCGCAAGUCCUCGCCGUUCGCCCGCUCGACGCUCAACCCGUACAUCACCGUACUGCUCACUUUCCUUGCGACCGCCGUCAAGGACACACAGGCGCUGGCCGUCAUGGAACGCUUCAUCCCCUGGGAAGACCUCGCUGCAUUCCUCACCGCGAUCCCGCGCCGUGUCACGUACCGCGAGCAGCAGAAGGAGCGCAGCGACAGCGCGGUUCUGCUGACGAGCGGGUGCAAGCCCCUUCCGGAAGACUGGUGCCUCCGUGGUCUUGGAUGGGGCGGCAAGCGCGUGUACCCGAUGGGCUUCUGGGGCAAGGAGUCGAACGGCGAGGACAGGAACGUCGAGGUGGACGUCCUGGACAAGAGCGAGGGCGGAGACGAGCUGGACGGUAUCAUCGAGGACGAGCGGGGCGAAAACGAGGCGGCGAACGAGCUCAGCAAGCGCUGGGUCCGCGUCGCGCGCGCUGGCCUCAAGAUCGCGAAGCAUGUGGGCGGGUUUGCGUACUACCCGGCUGCGAACGAGGAGCAGAGGGGCCAGUGGAAGGUCGAGGGAAUGCUUGCUGCAAAGGUCGAGAAGUGGCAAGAGGAGGAAAGGCGAGAGCGCGAGGAGGAAGAGCGGCGCCUCAGAGGUCGCCGGUGGGAUGAAGACUCGAUGGAUGUCGACGACGAUGAGGGUCUCGCGGCGGAAGAGUCUACGGAUGACAGCGAGGAGGACGAGAAUGAUACGCCCGAGAUCAAGGCGCUGAAGGCUCGCCGGCGAUAUCUACAGUCUCUACUGGACUCAUCUGCGCAGGGUCGUACCUCCCCGUCGAUUCCUCGACGCCGCCCUCGAGGCCCGCAAUCUCACAAGCCAGCACGACCUCGCAGCUCCCUCCGGGUCGUCCCUGGCUACACUAUCCUUGUCGUCGACACGAACAUCCUUCUCUCUUCGCUGACAAUCAUCUCUUCUCUGGUCGAAAGCAUGCAGUGGACAGUAGUAGUUCCUCUCCCCGUGAUCAUGGAGCUCGACGGCCUGUCGAGCAAUGCGUCGGCACUCGGCGACGCUGCGACGUCCGCGCUAGAUUAUAUCACCUCGCACAUCCGCUCUCACUCGAUGUCUCUCAAGGUGCAGACAUCGAGGGGUAACUACCUCUCCUCCCUUAGCAUCAGGACGGAGCAAGUCGACUUCGCCGGUGACGAGGCGUCUUGGGAACGGAAUAUGGACGAUCUGAUCCUCCGCGCCGCAAUCUGGCAGGACGAACAUUGGAUUGAUCGCUCGCCCAUGCUCCAGUCUGACGGCGUUUCGCGCGAUACAUCCGGUGCGGCCAAGGUGGUCUUGCUGAGCUUCGAUCGCAUGCUACGUCUCAAAGCUCGCGCUCGACAGCUCAGCGCGGCGAACGAACAAGACAUGGCAUCGAUCCUCGCACCCGGGCGAUAG